GAGAGCGAGGACACAUCAGCAGAAAAGAGUGAACCUGUCUUGGUUUUCAACAAGCUCCGAGAGUCCGCAGCAGAAUCCUCCUCCUCCGCCUGCAACACUCCCCCUCCCCAAAAAGAGAGAGGGGCACCAGCAGCCGGGGGUCUGUCUUUAAUCAAUUCUCUUAAUUUUUUUUUGUGUUUUUUUUUUUUUUGACAAAGAGUCAGACAAAAGUUACCACUUCCGGGUGAGCUGACUCUGUCUACCGUCGAGUGAGCUUGACACGUGUCGGCCGUUAGUGGUGCUCUUCUCGGGGGAUGGCACUGGACUUCGCCGCGGGAUGCUUAGGAGGUGCUGCUGGUGUUUUGGUCGGACAUCCAUUUGACACUGUGAAGGUGCGGCUUCAAGUUCAAAAUGUGGACAAACCUCUUUACCGUGGAACGUAUCACUGCUUCCAGUCCAUCAUACGCCAGGAGUCGACGCUCGGCCUCUACAAAGGCAUCGGCUCUCCGAUGAUGGGGCUGGCCUUCAUCAACGCCAUAGUAUUCGGCGUCCAGGGCAAUGCCAUGCGCAAGCUAGGGCGUGACACGCCGCUCAACCAGUUCCUUGCAGGAGCCUCUGCCGGGGCCAUCCAGUGUGUCAUCUGCUGCCCGAUGGAGUUGGCCAAGACGCGCAUGCAGCUGCAGGGGACCGGAGAGAAGAAGUCGAAGCGGAAGCUGUACAAGAACUCCCUGGACUGUCUGGUGAGAAUCUACAACAGGGAGGGAAUCCGAGGCAUCAACCGCGGCAUGGUGACCACGCUGCUGCGGGAGACCCCGGGUUUUGGCGUGUAUUUCCUCGCGUAUGACAUGUUGACACGUUCCCUGGGCUGUGAGCCAGAAGACCCAUACAUGAUCCCCAAGCUGCUGUUCGCCGGCGGAAUGUCGGGCAUCGCCUCCUGGAUCUCCACCUAUCCCGUGGACGUGAUCAAGUCGCGUCUGCAGGCGGACGGGGUCGGCGGUGUCAACAAGUACAGCGGCAUCAUGGACUGCGUCAGGCAGAGCUUGCAGAAGGAGGGGUGGAGGGUGUUCACGCGUGGACUCACGUCCACUUUGCUCCGCGCGUUUCCGGUGAAUGCCACCACGUUCGCCACCGUAACUCUAUUUUUACUGUACAUGCGCGAGGGGGAAGAGUGUCGCAUGCAGGACUCUGAGCCACAGUCCGUCCAGCUGCAGCCUCUGCAGCCACAGACGCAGCCGACCAGCAUGUAAGCCGCCGUGCAGCUGCGACCAUUACUACUGUCAUCAGCCUGUCAACUAGAGAUGGAACUUGCUCCUUGCAGAUCAGAUCCGUCAGCUGGUAUCCACAAUAACAAAAGGUGAACCGGUGCCGUGUGAGCAUCUGUCCACUGAGCUCCUGCUGAGUGACCACGUAGUAUUUAAAUAAUAUAUACUGUACUUUAAAAGUAAAAUCUGCACUUGUAAAUAUGGUCUAUUUUUAAACAUCCUUGGUUUUUGGGUGAGUUUUUAUGUCAUUUAGGAAACUCUAGGUCACAGAUGUCCCUAAAGUUUUAAGUCAGGGAAACACUUGGACUGUGAUGCUGUGUUAAGUUCAUGUUUAUCUUCAUGUGAAUGCAGUUUUUCAGCAUCGUGUUGUAGUGGCUAAAAGUACAAAGAGAGAGCGCCUUAUACAUGUACAUUUUAUGUAGAUAUGGUUGUAUUAAUUUUCUGUAGUUACAACUGUGUAUGUGGUUUAAUUUUCCUAUGAACCGUGACGUUUUAAACAAGUGUGAGGUCACAAAUGUCAUCUUUUAAAGCCAAUGACUUUGUUGGCUUUAAUUAUCUACGUUUUGAUUUUCAAAUGUUACAGAGCUCUGACACCGACCCAGUUGCAGUAGGACAUGAACCUAGUUUAGAGGUUUGGAAGUCGGACACUGUAUAUUCAUGUGAAAUAAUUUUUAUACAAUCAUGAAUUAUUCAACACAAUCAUGCUGUAAAAAAACAAAUCGGUUGCAGUUUGUAAUCUUGUUUUGGACAGUACGGUGUCCAAAGAAAGCACCUUAUGGUUAUGAUAUUAAAGUUGUCACACAUUUUACUUUACACUACAAUAUAUGUCAUAUUCUGUGUCUGCAUCUAAUGCAAACAUGUUACAGUUGGGGAAAAAGGGGGAUGGCUUGUGAAGGGUCAAUUUUCCAAAUUUGGACAUGAAGCACAACGUUCAUCAUGCUCCAUGUUUUCCACAAGGGGGCGCUGUCAGACCAGUAGUGCACACUAACCUGUCGAAGUAGAGGAAGUCACGGCCCCUUUCAUACUGGAGCUGCAGAUUUUUUUUAGCCUGUCCUUGAUCCAGCUGCAUAUUGUGUCUUUUAUAGCUUGUGAGUUUAUGAAAGUUCAAUUCCACUAACAAUUACCUUAUAGUAAUUAUUAUUAUUACAUUUAUCCGUCAACAACUUCCAUCUGUAAACAUUUAUCUACCUGCUGCAUUAACGUUAUGACAUUUUUUCAAUGGCUAAAAAGAAGGAUCGAACUAACCUUCUGAUCUCCGCUCUUAUAUUAAUCAGGACAGUCCUCAGUGUCUCUCAGCACAGUAUCACCUGUGUAAACUAGUCUGUUAACAGUUGCACUUGUGAAAAUGCUUUCACACUUUGCAGAUUUAAAGAUGUAAACUGAACCAUGUUGCCAUUCACCUUCCCGCUGGCUGCAAUGCUGUCAGAACUGCAGAAGCUGUUACUUUCCCUGCACAUCUUCACGUCUGUAUUUGCAAACUGAUGCUGCUUCAUUUAACUUGUCCUCACCAGUGGGUAUGAGUUUAUUUGGUUUUCUCUCUACUUGUAUUUCUGUUUGAAGACUCAUAUAUAUAUAUAUAUAUACACUAGGUUUGUCUGACUUUAUUGGUGGGUGAUACACAAUUGUGGAUAUUUUUAUGAAAGGACUCCUUUUAUUAUCUAAUGUUGCCGUUGUGUACUGUGCUCUAUGUUCCAAAGCUGCCUGCCCUGUCCUUUGGUGAAAUAAAAGCCACUUUUUUCCCUCA